AUGAAUACGAAGAAAGAGAAAGAGAGUGUUACUAAUUAUAUUAAGGAAAAGGAGAUUAAGAAAGAAAGGGAGCUUAAGGAGGGCGAGAUUAAAAAGGAGGGCGAGAUUGAAAAGAAUGGCGAGAUUAAAGAAGAAGGUGAUAUUAAAGAAAAGGCCGAGAUUGAAAAAGAGGCCGAGAUUGAAAAGGAAGCCGAGAUUAAAAAAGAAGAAAAGGAAUUGAUGCUUAAAGCAAAGAUAAUACACAAGAUGAUGCUUAAAGUAAAAAUAAAACAUAAGAUAAUGCAAAAAGCAAACGAAAAAGCGAAAUUCAUAUACACGACGUAUAAAGAUAAGAAAAUAUACGACGAUCUCGAUGUAUAUUGCGCUUUCGCAUAG